AUGGUGAAAAUUUUCUCGAUAUUCUCUUGUAUUUUGGCAACAUGGGCGGUAGUAGUCUCGGGCCGUCGUCAUGUUCAUAUCACUGCACCCGUACAAUCACCUGCAGAGGCUCCUAGCUCUAUAGGCGCACCUACGGUGGAUUGCAUGAGUCUGAUAUACGAUAUGGCGGAUUGCAUUGCGUAUUUGAGCAUUGAUGGUGGCGAAGAUAAGCCUGAUAAAUCUUGUUGCUCUGGAUUCGAGACAGUUUUGAAUACUGAUUCUGAUUGCAUAUGUGUAGCACUAAAGAGCAGUGCCAGUUUGGGUAUUGAAGUUAAUAUUACUAGUGCUAGAGCUUUGCCUUCUGCUUGUGGCAUCAAAGCUCCUCCACUUAAUUGCAACGUCUCCACUUCUCCUAGUACGUCUCCCGGGACAUCGCCUGUCUCCACUUCUCCUAGUAUGUCUCCCGGAACAUCUCCUGUAAAUCCUCCAUCAGCUAAUGCUCCAAAUCCAACAUCCCCAAAUCCCUCUACCGCUCCGACACCAACCACCGAGACUCCAGCACCGGUAGCCCACUUCGUCCCUGUUGGAGCACCAAGUCCGGUAGCAGCAAGCUCCGGAGAUAGUGCUCAAGAAAAAGCCAAUCAGAUUGGAGAAGAAAUUAUUGUUUUUCGGAACUCCAACAUGUCAGAGGCUCAAAGGAGGCCGAUGACCGUAGGCGUUAAGCAUAGUAAUGGGUACAUAAAUGGAUCUAUUCCACUGAGGUCUCCAAGUAUGGUAGCUGAAGUGGAUGAGUUCUGUCAUGCUCUUGGAGGCAAGAAGCCAAUUCAUAGUAUCUUGAUUGCAAACAAUGGAAUGGCAGCUGUCAAGUUUAUACGUAGCAUUAGAACGUGGGCCUAUGAAACGUUUGGUACAGAGAAGGCAAUUUCAUUGGUGGCAAUGGCUACUCCAGAGGACAUGAGAAUAAAUGCAGAGCAUAUUAGGAUAGCAGAUCAAUUUGUGGAGGUUCCUGGUGGUACUAAUAAUAAUAACUAUGCUAAUGUGCAGCUCAUUAUUGAGAUGGCAGAGAUAACGCGUGUCGAUGCGGUGUGGCCUGGUUGGGGUCAUGCAUCUGAGAAUCCAGAGCUACCAGAUGCAUUGAGUGCAAAAGGAAUUGCAUUUCUGGGGCCACCAGCUGCAUCAAUGGCAGCACUGGGAGAUAAAAUUGGCUCCUCGUUGAUUGCACAAGCUGCAGAAGUGCCUACUCUUCCAUGGAGUGGUUCUCAUGUGAAAAUUCCCUCAGAGAGCCGUUUGGUCACUAUCCCAGAGGACACAUAUCGUGAAGCAUGUGUUCACACGACUGAAGAGGCCAUAGCUAGUUGUCAAGUUGUGGGUUAUCCUGCAAUGAUUAAGGCAUCUUGGGGCGGCGGCGGCAAAGGCAUAAGAAAGGUCCAUAACGAUGAUGAAGUCAAGGCUUUGUUUAAGCAAGUUCAGGGUGAAGUUCCUGGGUCCCCCAUAUUUAUAAUGAAGGUUGCUUCUCAGAGCCGACAUUUAGAAGUUCAGUUGCUUUGUGAUCAAUAUGGAAAUGUUGCAGCUUUGCAUAGCCGUGACUGCAGUGUUCAGAGGCGACACCAAAAGAUUAUUGAAGAGGGACCUGUUACAGUGGCUCCCUUCGAUACAGUAAAGAAGCUUGAGCAGGCCGCUAGAAGAUUGGCCAAAUGUGUGAAUUAUGUUGGAGCCGCAACUGUUGAGUAUCUAUACAGUAUGGAAACUGGGGAGUAUUACUUCUUGGAGCUAAACCCACGUUUACAGGUGGAGCACCCUGUUACUGAGUGGAUAGCUGAAAUAAAUUUGCCUGCAGCCCAAGCUGCAGUUGGGAUGGGUAUCCCUCUCUGGCAAAUUCCAGAGAUAAGGCGAUUUUAUGGAAUGGAACAUGGUGGAGGAUACGAUGCUUGGAGGAAAACAUCUGUUGUUGCUAAUCCAUUUGACUUUGACACUGCCGAAUCCACAAGGCCAAAAGGUCACUGUGUAGCUGUUCGUGUAACAAGUGAGGAUCCUGAUGAUGGUUUUAAGCCUACAAGUGGGAAAGUACAGGAACUGAGUUUUAAAAGCAAGCCAAAUGUUUGGGCAUACUUUUCUGUCAAGUCUGGAGGUGGUAUUCAUGAGUUUUCAGAUUCCCAAUUUGGCCAUAUAUUUGCUUUUGGAGAAUCUAGAGCUUUGGCCAUUGCAAAUAUGGUUCUUGGGCUGAAAGAAAUUCAGAUAAGAGGAGAAAUUCGAACAAAUGUUGAUUACACAAUUGAUCUUUUACAUGCUUCAGAUUACAAGGAAAAUAAAAUACAUACAGGGUGGUUAGACAGCAGAAUUGCGAUGAGAGUCAGAGCAGAAAGGCCCCCUUGGCAUCUUUCGGUUGUUGGAGGAGCACUUUAUAAAGCUUCUGCUACUAGUGCAGCCAUGGUUUCAGAAUACAUCGGUUAUCUUGAAAAAGGGCAGAUUCCUCCCAAGCAUAUUUCGCUGGUCAAUUCUCAAGUUUCACUAAAUAUUGAAGGAAGCAAAUAUACAAUUAAUAUGGUAGGGGGAGGUCCUGGAAGCUACAGACUGAGGAUGAAUGACUCAGAGAUUGAAGCAGAAAUACAUACUCUACGAGAUGGAGGUCUAUUGAUGCAGCUGAAUGGCAACAGUCAUGUUAUAUAUGCAGAGGAGGAAGCUGCUGGAACACGCCUUCUUAUUGAUGGAAGGACUUGCUUACUUCAGAAUGACCAUGAUCCAUCCAAGUUAGUGGCAGAAACACCAUGCAAGCUUCUAAGGUAUCUGGUAGUAGAUGGCUGCCAUGUAGAUGCUGACACACCUUAUGCGGAGGUUGAGGUCAUGAAAAUGUGUAUGCCCCUUCUCUCACCUUCUUCGGGAAAUAUUCAUUUUCAGAUGUCUGAAGGGCAAGCGAUGCAGGCUGGUAAUCUUAUAGCAAGACUUGACUUAGAUGAUCCCUCAGCAGUAAGAAAAGCAGAACCUUUUCAUGGAAGCUUUCCUCUUUUGGGACCUCCAACUGCCAUAUCUGGAAAAGUUCAUCAACGGUGUGCUGCAAGUGUGAAUACAGCUCGGAUGAUUUUGGCCGGAUACGAGCAUAACAUUGAUGAAGUAGUUCAAAACUUGCUGAGUUGCCUGGACAAUCCUGAGCUCCCCUUUCUUCAGUGGCAAGAAUGCUUUGCUGUCCUGGCAAACCGACUACCCAAGAACCUUAGAUAUGAGUUGGAAGCAAAAUAUAAGGAGUGUGAAGGAAUCUCCAAUAUGCCAACUGUUGACUUCCCUGCGAAAAUUUUGCGGGGUGUUCUUGAGACCCAUCUUAAUUCCUACCCUGAUAAGGAAAAAGGAGCCCAAGAUCGAUUAGUUGAGCCUCUGAUGAGUCUGGUCAAGUCGUAUGAGGGUGGCAGAGAGAGCCAUGCCCGCAUUAUAGUUCAAGGGCUUUUCGAAGAAUAUUUAUCGGUUGAAGAAUUAUUUAGUGACAAUAUCCAGGCAGACGUAAUUGAACGCUUAAGACUUCAUUACAAGAAAGAUCUUUCGAAGGUUGUUGAUAUUGUGCUUUCCCAUCAGGGCAUUAGGAGUAAAAAUAAGUUGAUACUAUGUCUCAUGGAGCAGCUAGUGUAUCCUAAUCCUGCUGCAUACCGAGAUCAACUAAUUCGCUUUUCUGCACUCAAUCACACAAACUACUCUGAGUUAGCAUUGAAGGCAAGUCAACUUCUAGAACAGACAAAACUUAGUGAGCUUCGUUCCAGUAUUGCCAGGAGUCUUUCGGAGUUAGAAAUGUUCACUGAAGAUGGUGAAAACAUGGAUACUCCCAAAAGAAAAAGUGCCAUAAAUGAACGAAUGGAAGCCCUUGUCAGUGCUCCUUUAGCAGUUGAAGAUGCACUUGUUGGUCUUUUUGAUCAUAGUGAUCACACACUUCAGCGACGGGUUGUUGAGACUUAUGUUCGCAGAUUAUAUCAGCCCUACCUUGUAAAUGGGAAUGUCAGGAUGCAAUGGCACAGAUUUGGACUUAUAGCAUCAUGGGAGUUCUUGGAAGGGCAUGUUGAUGGAAAGAUUGGGUUUGGGGAUCGAAUCUUGGAUGAGCCAUCUGUUGAUAAACACAGUGAGAGGAAGUGGGGAGCAAUGGUUGUCAUCAAAUCUCUCCAAUCUUUGCCAACAGUGUUAACUGCUGCAUUGAGGGAAAUAAUGCAUAGCCUGCAAACUGUAAUUGCCAAUGGAUCUGUUCAGCCAGCUAGUUAUGGUAACAUGAUGCACAUUGCAUUGGCAGGCAUCAACAAUCAAAUGAGUUUACUUCAGGACAGUGGUGAUGAAGAUCAGGCUCAAGAGCGAGUAAACAAGUUAGCCAAAAUAUUGAAAGAGAAAGAAGUAAGCUCCAGUCUCAAAAAUGCAGGUGUGGGUGUUGUCAGCUGCAUCAUACAGAGAGAUGAGGGGCGAGGCCCUAUGAGGCAUUCCUUUCAUUGGUCAGCAGAGAAACUCUACCAUGAGGAGGAGCCUCUAUUGCGUCACCUGGAGCCUCCUUUGUCCACAUACCUUGAGCUGGAGAAACUUAAAGGUUAUAAUGAUGUACGGUAUACUCCUUCUCGAGAUCGACAGUGGCACCUUUACACUGUUCUAGACAAACCACUUUCCAUUCAAAGGAUGUUUCUCAGAACGCUUGUAAGGCAGCCCCUAUCAAAUGAAGGUCUGCCAAUAUAUCAAGGACUGGACCAGGGAGCAACUCAAUCUCUGUGGUCUCUCUCUUUUACUUCAAGGAGCAUUUUAAGGUCCUUAAUGUCUGCAAUGGAGGAGCUUGAACUAAAUGCCCAUAAUUCUACUAUGAAAUCUGACCAUGCUCAAAUGUACCUCUAUAUCUUGCGGGAGCAACAAAUAGAUGAUCUUCUACCGUACAACAAGAGAGCAGAUAUACCUGAUGGGCAUGAAGAAGCCACAGUUGAGGAACUCUUGAGUGAGCUGGCACGGGAAAUUAAUGCAUCAGUUGGUGUAAAAUUGCAUCGUCUUGGUGUUUGUGAGUGGGAAGUGAAGCUUUGGAUAUCAUCUGAAGGAGAAUCUAAUGGAGCUUGGAGGAUUGUGGUUUCUAAUGUGACUGGGCACACUUGUAUAGUUCAUAUUUACCGAGAAGAUGAUACCAGCAAACAAAGAGUAGUCUACCAUUCAACAUCUGGUCAGGGCCCCUUGCAUGAUUUGCCUGUGAAUGCACAGUAUAAGCCUUUGGGAAUUCUUGACCAGAAACGUCUUUUAGCCUGGAAAAGCAACACAACUUAUUGCUACGAUUUCCCACUGGCAUUUGAGGCAGCUUUGGACAAUUCAUGGUCCCAGUACUCUGGAGUCAAGACCCCCAAGGAUAAAGCCAACCUUAGAGUCGCAGAAUUGGUAUUUUCUGACCAGAAAGGUAACUGGGGUACUCCUCUUGUUUCUAUUGAGAGACAGCCUGGACUUAAUGAUUUUGGCAUGGUAGCCUGGCGCAUGGAAAUGUCUACACCUGAGUUCCCUUCUGGAAGAACCAUUCUUAUUGUGUCAAAUGAUGUAACAUUCAAAAAUGGUUCUUUUGGACCCAAAGAGGAUGCAUUUUUCCAGGCAGUAGCUGAUGUUGCUUGCACUCAGAAACUACCUCUUAUUUAUCUGGCAGCAAAUUCAGGAGCCCGUAUUGGUGUAGCCGAUGAAGUGAAAUCUUGCUUUAAAGUUGGCUGGUCUGAUGAAUCAAACCCUGAGUGUGGUUUCCAAUAUGUUUACUUAACUCCUGAGGACUAUGCAUGCAUUGGAUCAUCUGUGAUAGCACACGAACUAAAGCUCUCAAAUGGAGAAUCCCGAUGGCUAAUAGAUACUAUUGUAGGAAAGGAAGAUGGCUUGGGAGUUGAAAACUUAAGUGGUAGUGGAGCCAUUGCCAGUGCAUAUUCAAAGGCAUACAAGGAAACCUUUACCUUGACCUAUGUGACUGGUAGAACUGUUGGCAUUGGUGCUUAUGAACGGGCAGAACCAUACGCCACGUUACAAAGGCUUGAUCAGCCAAUUAUUCUGACUGGUUUCUCUGCACUGAACAAGCUUCUGGGUAGGGAGGUGUACAGCUCCCACAUGCAACUUGGUGGACCUAAAAUUAUGGCAACAAAUGGAGUAGUUCAUCUUACAGUAUCAGAUGAUCUUGAGGGGAUAUCAGCUAUUUUGAAAUGGCUAAGCUUUGUACCAUCGUAUGCUGGUGGUCCACUUCCCAUUUUGUCUCCCUUGGAUUCUCCUGAGAGACCUGUUGAAUACCUACCGGAGACCUCGUGUGAUCCCCGUGCAGCUAUCUGUGGUGCAAUGGAUGGUAGUGGGAAAUGGCUUGGGGGUAUGUUCGAUCAGGACAGUUUUAUUGAGACACUGGAAGGCUGGGCAAGAACUGUUGUAACAGGACGUGCAAAGCUUGGAGGAAUACCUGUAGGAAUUGUUGCUGUUGAGACUCAAACUAUGAUGCAAGUAAUCCCUGCAGAUCCUGGGCAGCUAGAUUCUCAUGAAAGGGUCGUUCCUCAGGCUGGGCAGGUAUGGUUUCCUGAUUCUGCAACCAAGACUGCCCAAGCAUUGAUGGACUUCAAUAGAGAAGAGCUGCCACUCUUCAUUCUUGCCAACUGGAGAGGUUUUUCAGGUGGACAAAGGGACCUUUUUGAAGGUAUCCUCCAGGCUGGAUCAACUAUUGUUGAGAACCUUAGAACAUAUAAACAGCCUGUUUUUAUAUACAUACCUAUGAUGGGCGAACUCCGAGGUGGAGCAUGGGUAGUUGUAGACAGUAAGAUCAAUUCAGACCACAUUGAAAUGUAUGCUGAACGGACAGCUAAAGGAAAUGUCCUUGAGCCAGAAGGUAUGAUCGAGAUUAAGUUUCGAACUAGAGAGCUGCUAGAAUGCAUGGGUAGGCUCGACCAACAGCUAAUUAAUCUGAAGGCUGAACUUCAUAAAGCAAAAAGCACAGCAACACUUGCAAUUGUUGAGGAUUUGCAGAGACAAAUAAAAUCUCGUGAGAAGCAACUUCUGCCAUUGUACACUCAAAUAGCUACUAAAUUUGCAGAAUUGCAUGAUACUUCAUUCAGAAUGGCUGCGAAAGGGGUGGUCCGAGAAGUUGUAGAGUGGUCAAAUUCUCGGUCUUUCUUCUACAAGAGAUUACACAGAAGAGUUGUUGAAGACUCGUUGAUCACAACUGUGAGAGAUGCUGCUGGUUACCAGCUUGCAUAUAAAUCUGCUAGGGAGAACUAA